UGGGGUGUGGGACUCCAGACAAAGGAGACAUAUACACACUGACACUGGAUCACUGGAGCGAAAGGAGAGACAGACAGCUGGAAAGCUUCACUUAUCCACACAGGAAAUAACCCUCAACUCCUGGACUACUUUUUUCCGUGUGUGUUUUGGAAAACUUUGUCAGAAAAGGGACUUUACUGUAUGUGUUUGUCAGCUGUAUGGAUUCAUCUGGGAGCUGUGUUGGAGCAGCAGUAACCAUAUGCUGCCUGUAGUGUGUGGAAGUGUGUGGGUUAGUAUGUUUGGGAUGGAAAAGUGGGGCUGGCACGACCAACAGCUCUGCUCUUAGCUUUACGCCAUGGGGGGUUGCCAUAGUUACCCCUCGGCUACAAAGGCAGACAGCAAGACUCUUCAGCCUUCUGACAUCAGCGGUGAAAAACUGGGAAUUAAUAACAAUAAUCUGGAGGAGCGUCCGUAUCUGCAGCAGCAGAAUGUGUGCCAGCGGAUCACACACACAGACAUGUUUGCUCUCACAGAGCUGCCGCCUGGCGUCGACAAGGCAGAGUGGCUUGCCAGCAACACUGUGGCGUUUUUCAAGCAUAUAAACCUGUUCUCUAGUGCACUGUCCGAGUUCUGCACUCCCAGCACCUGCCCAACGGCCUGCGGACCAGGCAACACGGUUUAUGUUUGGACCGAUGACCACGGGAGGAAGCUGAAGUGCUCUGCCCCGCUCUACUUUGACUAUGCCAUGUCAUACAUUCAGGAGCUACUGACUGAUGAAGACGUGUUCCCCACAAAAGCAGGUUCAGUGUUUCCGACAGGUUUCGUCUUUCUCGUCCAGAAGGUAUUUUUGCUGUUUUUCAGGACUCUGGCUCACAUUUACGGGUCUCACUACAGAGAGACCCUUGCGCUGGGUCUGCACCCACACCUCAACACACUCUUCACACACCUCACACUCUUCUGCCGGCAGCACGCCCUGUUGGAGCCGGAAGACACUGAGCCGCUGCAGGACCUCAUCACAGCUCUGGGACAGCACGGCUGUACCUAAAGAGCAAACAUGCAUAUUGUAUGUAACAGUACACUCACACUUUCACCACACACACACAUUUAUACUUAUUAUUGUCUCUUGCCACUCUGGGCCAAACUUAAACUAUUUCACUGUAUGGAUUUUUUGUAAAGGUCUAGAAGUUGUAAAAUAGAAAAGAAAAAAAUACUGUUUCUUAACAGUAGUGGGAGAAUGAAUGAUGUGCUUUUAAAAAGUGGUAAAUCAGAUCAGACCAGGAGCAUACAGCUCCUGUUGUAUAUAGUUGGCAUCAGUCAUUGUAUCAUACUGUGUGAAACUGUUAUAUUGCAUGUUUGCGUACUUUAACAUAAUGCUGCAUUAUUGUAUUUUGAUAAGGUCAAGAUCUUCAAGGUCAUUUAUGUCUUUCUCACAGACUUAACACAGUAAUAAUAAAAAAAACAUUGAAUUUUCCUCUGUUGUCUUUUCCUGUAAGACAUGAACUGACUCAGACAGUUCCGUUAUUUUAAACAUAAUGUGCCCUCAAGGGUGUUGUGUUGAUGUAAAUGUGAUUACAUUGUUGUGACUGCGUUUGCAUGGAAUAGCACAAGCUUAUCUCUGCAUCUUUAUGUAUGAUUCUGUACUCUGUAACAAACAUUUAUGGCAGAUUUAAAACAACAAAAGAUUCCUAACUGUGACAUUUUUAUCAGUCUCACUUCUCUACAUUCAGGCACUCUGUUAUAUAAUCUAAUGCAACUAUCUCAUGUACUUUUUGUUUUGGUCCUGAAGUAAAUGCUGGUACUGUCAACAUGUCUCCAGGUAUUACACCUCUCCGGGUGUGAGAGCAGCACCACCUGCUGCCAGCACAGGAACUCAGUCAGCAUGUAUGUCGUUUUAACCUUCACUGUCAGCUACAGUUCACUGCAGUCUGUAAAUGUUUGCUUUGUCAGCUGCAACAUAUUGGAUUUGAAAUAAAACAAUGACAAUGAAGGUAAA